ACGAAACAACAACCACCACGAAACAACCAUCAACAACAACCUACAACAACAGCCACCACCACCAAGAAACAACCACAACAACCACCACCACAAGAAAACCACCACCACCAACAACAACCUCCACCACCAAUAACAACAACAACAACCACCGCGACAAGGAGGAGCGAGAGAUGUCAGCAGCGUGAUCACCACGCAGGAGGCGCGCCGAGGAGGAGGCGGAGGCGGCGGCGAGGUUGGAGGGCGCGCGGCGCGAGACGUUCCCCGCGACGUGGACGACUCUCGCGGUCGACUCGAGUUAAAGUCGCCCCCAAGUCGCCCCCAAGUCGCUCGCGGCGAGCGGCAAACGCCGCGCGGAACGCGGACCGAGUCGAGUUGGCCCAGCGACAGAGCGGAGAGAGCUGCGGCGGCGGCGGCGUCUGGGGGGAGGGUGCCCCCGGCACCGAGGGGGUGAUUCGCAAGGGGUAAAGGCGAACCCGCAGGGGACCCCAGGGCCACCGAACCCGCAGGGUACCCCAGGGCCACCGAACCCGCAGGGACCCCGGGGCCACCGAACCCGCAGGGGACCCCAGGGCCACCGAACCCGCAGGGACCCCGGGGCCACCGAACCCGCAGGGGACCCCAGGGCCACCGAACCCGCAGGGACCCCGGGGCCACCGAACCCGCAGGGGACCCCAGGGCCACCGAACCCGCAGGGACCCCGGGGCCCGCGGAGGGGAGGAGGGGGCGAGGCCGCCAUGGGCUUGCUGGACAAGCUGCGCAAGGAAUGGUUCCUCAUCGGCAUCGUCGCGGCCAUCGGCCUGGCGCGGAUGGAACCGAGCAUCGGCGUCAAGGGCGGGCCCCUGAAGCCGGAGGUGACCAUCACCUACGUCGCCGUCUCGGCCAUCUUCUUCAACAGCGGCCUCUCGCUCAAGACGGAGGAGCUGACGAGCGCCCUGCUGCACGUGCGGCUGCACAUGCUGGUGCAGGGCUUCACGCUCGGUUUCUUCCCGCUCGCCGUGUGGCUGCUGCUGCGGCUGCUGGCGCUCACGGGACUCAACCCAUGGCUGCUGCAAGGGUUGCAGGUGGUGGCCUGCAUGCCCCCGCCGGUCUCCUCCGCUGUCAUCCUCACCAAGGCCGUGGGGGGCAACGAGGCUGCGGCGAUUUUCAACUCGGCGUUCGGGAGUUUUCUGGGCAUCGUGGUGACGCCCCUGCUGCUGCUGAUGUUUCUGGGCUCAUCGUCCGCCGUUCCGUUCACCUCCAUCUUCUUCCAGCUCUUCAUGACCGUGGUGGUGCCACUCGUCAUCGGCCAGGUGGUGCGUAGCCGCGUGCGUGAGUGGAUGGAGCGGCGGCAGCCUCCGUUCGGUGCCGUGAGCAGCGUGGUGCUGCUGGCGAUCAUCUACAGCACGUUCUGCGACACAUUCGCCCGGCCAGACACGGCGCUCGAGCCCGCCAGCCUGCUCGCCGUCGUCACGCUGGUCCUCCUCAUCCAGCUCAGCUUCAUGUUGCUCACCUUCAUGAUCUCCACCAGGGACGGUUCGAGCUUCACUCCGGCCGACACGGUCGCCAUCGUCUUCUGCUCGACCCACAAGUCGCUGACGCUCGGUGUGCCCAUGCUGAAGAUCGUGUUUGCGGGGAUGCCGCAGCUGUCGCUCCUCACCGUGCCGCUGCUCGUCUACCACCCGACGCAGAUCCUGCUGGGCGGCCUGCUCGUUGGCACCCUGCGCCCCUGGAUGCUGUCACGGCAGCGGGGCCAGUCUCUGCGGCUACCCAGGCUGCUCCCGUGACGGUGCCACGGAGGCCCCGGUAGUGCCGGGGCGCGUUUUGGCCUGCGCCCGUUGCCACCUCCGCUUGCCGGGGGCGCAAACACACGAGAGGAACUCGUGGGUGCCGCGGCUGCUCCUCACCGCCCUCCAACGCGACUUUGGCACCAGCUCCGCUCUCCUGGCACGCGCCCACACACCUGCUGAGCGGGUGGCACGGAGUUUGGGGGGCGACGGCGCUCAACAGCCUCGGUCGGAGCCUGGGCCCGGUGACCCACGCCUCUCAAACACCGCACGCACGUGGGGGUGAGAGCAAGCCCGUGGGGUUGUGGUGAAGGUGGGGACGUUUGGUGGUGUUGGUGGUCUGGGUUUCGCAGCUGUAUUGUGGCCGUUAUUUGGAGGGUGUUUUACCCGUGGUCGUUAUGCGGGGAGGUGGAUGACUCGGAGACGAGAAUGCGAUUAAACCGACACGGAGAGGUUUCCUUUA